UUUCCCGCCAAAACCCACAUUGCCUCUCUUUCUCUCUCAAUUAAAUCAAACAACAAAGAAAUCUGGAAAAUCCAACAAAACCCAAAUCCAAGUUUCCGUCGAUCCGCACGCAGAGCCAUGAAGAUCCGAACUUUGAAGCUCCGAGAGGCCCACAAGCCCACGAGCAGCGGCGGGGGGCCGUCGUACUGCUCGGUGCUGUGGGACCAGCAGGCCUACCACGUCGUGACGGCCUCCUCCUCCGACCCCACAAUCGCCAUCCACGACUCUCUUAUUCUGUCCAGCCCUCCCAAGCUCCUCCGCCACCACCGCGACGGCGUCACGGCUCUCGCUCUCAGCCCCAACUCCACCUGCCUCGCCUCCGGCUCCGUCGACCACUCCGUCAAGCUCUACAAGUUUCCAGGUGGAGAAUUUCAGACAAAUAUAACCCGAUUCACGCUGCCAAUACGUACCCUGGCGUUUAACAAAUCCGGGACACUGUUGGCAGCUGCUGGUGAUGAUGAAGGCAUUAAGCUUAUUAACACAGUUGAUGGUUCAAUUUCAAGAGUUCUUAAAGGACACAAAGGACCAGUGACAGGUUUAGGUUUCGAUCCCCACAGCGAAUAUUUGGCCUCUAUUGAUUCAACUGGGGCUGUUAUAUACUGGGAACUUUCAUCUGGAACCACCUUGCAUACCCUUAAAGGGGUAGCUCCUAACUCGGGUUUCGAUCAUUCCAUAAUGAAUGUACUUAGCUGGAGUCCUGAUGGAGACAAGUUAGCCGUGCCAGGGUUGAGAAAUGAUGUGGUGGUUUAUGAUAGAGACACAGCUGAAAAGCUGUUUUCGUUGAGAGGUGAUCACACACAGCCUAUUUGUUCCUUGGCUUGGUCACCUAACGGAAAAUACAUGGCUACUUCUGGUUUGGAUAAGCAGGUUCUCAUCUGGGAUGUUGAUCGGAAGCAGGACAUUGACAGGCAGAACUUUGAAGAGAGGAUAUGUUGCUUGGGGUGGAAGCCCAUUGGCAAUGCACUGGCUGUUAUUGAUUGUAUGGGAAAGUAUGGUGUGUGGGAUUCAGUGACUCCUUCAUCAAUGAAGUCGCCCACUGAAGAUGUUCCCAAUCUACAAUCUAAGAACAGCAAUGGGCUGCUUUUGUUUGACGAAGAGGAGGGUCAGGAGCUUAGCACUUCUGGUAGUUUAAGUGAUGUUGGUGAAGAUAGUCUUGGGGAAUCCAAACCGCCUAGCAGGAAGAGGCCACACAAGCACUCUGCAUAUGAGGAUGAUUUGGAAGAGGAUGGUUUUGAUGGCUUUAGGUUGAUACCAAAUGUUGAGUUGGAGUCCCGAAAAACGCGUCGUAAACACAGUGAAAGUGUUGAUAAUGAGAAUGAGGGAGCAAGCAGCAAAGUGACAUCGAUUAGAUCAAAAAUGCAGGUGGCAUUCCAGCCUGGUGCUACUCCUUUGCAGCCUGGAAAAAGGCGCUUUCUGUGCUAUAACAUGCUUGGAGCCAUAACUACAAUUGAACAUGACGGAUUCUCCCAUAUUGAGAUAGAUUUUCAUGAUACAAGUCGCGGUCCAAGAGUUCCAUCAAUGAAUGAUCAUUUUGGUUUCACAAUGGCUUCACUUAAUGAGAAUGGAAGCGUUUUUGCAAAUCCCUGCAAGGGAGAAAAGCACAUGAGUACUCUCAUGUAUCACCCAUUCAGUAGUUGGGCAAAUAAUAGUGAGUGGUCUAUGCGAUUGGAGGGGGAAGAAGUGAAGGUUGUGGCACUUGGCACAUCUUGGGUGGCAGCAAUUACGAGUCUUAACUUCCUUCGCAUCUUCACUGAAAGUGGUUUGCAGAAACAUGUUGUCUCCCUUGAUGGACCUGUCGUGACCGCAUCAGGCUUCAAGGAUGAACUUGCGAUUGUCACUCAUGCUUCCAAUUGUCUUCCUUCAAAUGAACAGAUGCUUGAAUUUAGAGUACUCAACGUAACUAAUGGAAGCCAGCCUCUUAGAGGACGGUUGCCUUUGACUCCUGGUUCACAUCUAACAUGGUUCGGGUUUAGUGAAGAAGGGCAAUUAAGCUCCUACGAUUCCAAGGGCGUGCUAAGAGUUUUUACAAGGCAAUAUGGUGGCAGUUGGCUCCCACUCUUCAGUGCUAGCAAAGAGAAGAAGUCAGGCGAAAACUAUUGGGUGGUUGGGCUGAAUGCAAGCAAAUUGUUUUGCAUAGUUUGCAAAAGUCCUGACUUGUACCCGCAGGUGAUGCCGAAACCAGUCCUCACUCCGCUAAAUUUUUUGUUCCCUCUAGCAUCCUCUGAUCUAGGGGCAGAAACCCUUGAAAAUGAGUUUAUACUCAACAACACGCACCUCGCACAGAUUCAAAAGAAAAUAGAAGAACUGGAUGCUGUCGGUUUGGACACCACUUCACUUGACGAUGAAGCUUUCAAUACAGAAGCAGCUCAAGACAGAUGCAUCUUAAAGCUUAUUGCAUCCUGCUGCAACGGAGAUAAGCUUGUGAGAGCAACUGAACUCGUGAAGCUUCUGUCCCUCGAAAAAUCAGUGAGGGGUGCAAUCAAGCUUGUCACUGUUCUGAAGCUCCCUAACUUGGCUGAAAGGUUCAACAGCAUUUUGGAGGAAAGGCUGCUCAACGAGAGUAAAAGAGCUGUGGAAAUCACCUUCCCUACCUCAAACCACAACGCAUCUUUCAUCACGGAUGACAUUGCAGCCGCAAAGAAAACAACCUCUACCGAGCCAAGUAAGUUGUCAGGAAACGACAUUCCACUAUCAACGCCAAAAUUGUCGGCUCCUUUGUUUACGAAGAAAGCCAAAACACAAGAACCUAAAGUUGGAACAGAGAAAACAGACGAAAAACUGGCGGAGGAUGAUGUUGGGAAGGUAAAAACGACAGAGGCGAAGAAUGCUACACAGGUGAGCAACAAUGCCGGAGAGACCAAGAAGGUAGGGGAAGUGUCUGAGGUACCAAAUGAUCAAGAAAAAGUGAAGAAGGCAGAAGCUCCUCGACGAGCAUCUAAUCCAUUCAUGAAGAAAUUAAUUAAGUAGAUUAAGUUCCUCUUGGUUCCCUAAUUACAAGGAGCUUAGUGUUUGAGCAGCAUUAGUAGUAAAGUAAAUACGACCCAGGUAUCUAUUUGUCUCAAUAUUGGGCCUGAACCUUGUUAUGGGCUAAAGAAGCAAAUUAAAGUAUCCGGUCCACGGCCCAAGCAAAUUUGCUUGUUUCCGACAUGUCUUUCUCCAUAGGAAAAAUAGGUUCCAAGUAAAAGAAUAUAUAAUUGGAGUAA